GCAGGAGCAGCGGCACGGCCCCGCCUCGGCUGGCGGCGCUGCUGGGCUCGGCUGGGCUCGGCUCUGUUAGGCUGGGCUGGGCUGGGCUGCUGAGGCGGGCGCGCUGCGGGCGCUGCGCGGUGUCCCCGGUGCCGCCAAUGACGGCAGCCGCGGGCGGCGGGGCCGCGGCCGGGUGAGGCGGCGGAGGGGCCGGCGGUGCGGAGCGCGGAGCGGCGGGUGUCCCGGCGGAGCCCGCGCCCUCCCGCACCAUGUCAUCGCAGGGCAAGUUCAAGAAGGACAAAGAGAUCAUCGCCGACUACGAGGCGCAGGUUAAAGAGAUCCGCACGCAGCUGGUGGAGCAGUUCAAGUGCCUGGAGCAGCAGUCGGAGUCGCGGCUGCAGCUGCUGCAGGACCUGCAGGAGUUCUUCCGCAGGAAGGCGGAGAUCGAGCUGGAGUAUUCCCGCAGCCUGGAGAAACUGGCCGAGCGCUUCUCCUCCAAGAUCCGCAGCUCCAGGGAGCACCAGUUCAAGAAAGAUCAGCACCUGCUUUCCCCUGUGAACUGCUGGUACCUGGUUCUGACGCAGACGCGUCGGGAGAGCAGAGAUCACGCCACCCUCAACGACAUCUUCAUGAACAAUGUCAUCGUCCGGCUGUCGCAGAUCAGCGAGGAUGUCAUCAGGCUCUUCAAAAAGAGUAAGGAGAUUGGCCUCCAGAUGCACGAAGAGCUUCUGAAAGUCACCAACGAGCUUUACACGGUGAUGAAGACCUACCACAUGUACCACGCGGAGAGCAUCAGCGCGGAGAGCAAGCUGAAGGAGGCGGAGAAGCAGGAGGAGAAGCAGUUCAACAAGUCAGGGGACAUCAGCGUGAACCUGCUGCGGCACGAGGACCGGCCCCAGCGGCGCAGCUCCGUCAAGAAGAUUGAGAAGAUGAAGGAGAAGAGACAAGCCAAAUAUUCUGAGAACAAGCUGAAGUGUACUAAAGCCCGGAACGACUACCUGCUGAACCUGGCCGCCACCAACGCCGCUGUCAGUAAAUACUACAUCCACGACGUCUCCGACCUCAUCGAUUGCUGUGAUCUGGGAUUCCACGCCAGCCUCGCUCGGACCUUCCGGACAUACCUGUCUGCUGAGUACAACCUGGAAACCUCCCGCCACGAGGGCCUGGACAUCAUCGAGAACGCCGUGGACAACCUGGACGCGCGGAGCGACAAGCACACCAUCAUGGACAUGUGCAACCAGGUCUUCUGCCCUCCGCUGAAGUUCGAGUUCCAGCCCCACAUGGGGGAUGAGGUGUGCCAGGUCAGCGCGCAGCAGCCUGUGCAGACCGAGCUGCUCAUGCGGUACCACCAGCUGCAGUCGCGACUCGCCACCCUCAAGAUAGAGAACGAAGAGGUACGGAAAACCCUGGACGCCACGAUGCAGACUUUGCAGGACAUGCUGACGGUGGAGGAUUUUGAUGUCUCAGACGCCUUCCAGCAUAGUCGCUCCACUGAGUCGGUCAAAUCAGCUGCAUCAGAGACCUACAUGAGUAAAAUAAACAUCGCCAAGAGGAGAGCCAACCAGCAGGAAACCGAAAUGUUCUAUUUUACAAAAUUUAAGGAGUAUUUGAAUGGCAGUAACCUUAUCACGAAGCUGCAGGCUAAACACGACUUGCUGAAGCAGACGCUGGGAGAAGGUGAAAGAGCCGAAUGCGGAACGACCAGGCCCCCAUGUCUUCCCCCUAAGCCACAGAAAAUGAGGAGACCUAGGCCUCUCUCAGUCUAUAAUCAUAAGCUCUUUAACGGCAAUAUGGAAACGUUCAUUAAGGAUUCGGGUCAGGCUAUUCCGCUUGUAGUAGAAAGCUGCAUCCGUUACAUCAAUUUGUAUGGCCUGCAGCAGCAGGGCAUUUUCAGAGUCCCCGGCUCCCAGGUGGAAGUCAACGACAUCAAGAAUUCGUUUGAGAGAGGUGAAGAUCCCCUUGCUGACGAUCAAAAUGAACGUGACAUUAAUUCAGUGGCUGGAGUCUUGAAGCUGUACUUCCGAGGACUGGAAAACCCCCUCUUUCCUAAGGAAAGGUUUCAAGAUUUGAUAUCUACUAUAAAAAUCGAGAACCCCACCGAGAGGGUGCACCAGAUCCAGCAGAUCGUCGUCACUCUGCCUCGGGCCGUCAUCGUUGUCAUGAGAUACCUUUUUGCUUUCCUUAAUCAUUUGUCACAGUACAGCGACGAGAACAUGAUGGAUCCCUACAACCUGGCCAUCUGCUUCGGGCCCACCCUGAUGCACAUCCCGGACGGGCAGGAUCCCGUGUCCUGCCAAGCCCACGUCAAUGAGGUCAUCAAAACCAUCAUCAUUAACCACGAGGGCAUCUUCCCCAGCCACAGAGAGCUGGAAGGACCCGUCUACGAGAAGUGCAUGACUGGCGGGGAGGAGUACUGUGACAGCCCGCACAGCGAGCCUGGCACCAUCGACGAGGUCGACCAUGACAACGGCACGGAGCCGCACACCAGCGAUGACGAAGUGGAGCAGAUCGAAGCCAUAGCGAAGUUUGACUACGUUGGGCGCUCUCCUCGGGAGCUCUCCUUUAAGAAAGGGGCCUCGCUGCUCCUGUACCAUCGGGCGUCGGAGGACUGGUGGGAAGGGAGACACAACGGCGUGGACGGGCUCAUACCCCACCAGUACAUCGUGGUGCAGGACAUGGACGACGCCUUCUCCGACAGCCUGAGCCAGAAGGCCGACAGCGAGGCGAGCAGCGGGCCGCUGCUGGACGACAAAGCCUCCUCCAAGAACGACAUCCAGUCUCCAACAGAUCAUAUUGUGGACUACGGCUUUGGGGGAGUGAUGGGCCGAGUGAGGCUGAGGUCUGACGGUGCAGCCAUCCCUCGCCGCCGCAGCGGGGGGGACACGCACAGCCCGCCCCGAGGGAUGGGUCCCGCCAUAGACACUCCUCCGCGAGCGGCCGCCUGCCCCAGCAGCCCCCACAAAAUCCCUCUGAGCAGGGGCAGGAUCGAGAGUCCUGAAAAGCGCAGAAUGGCGACAUUCGGCAGCGCGGGCAGCAUCAAUUUCCCGGACAGGAAGGCCCUGUCCGAUGGGCACCCGCUGAGAGCGGCCGGUGGAUCGACCAGACACAGUAGUCUCGGAGAUCAGAAAUCUCUAGAAGCUGAAGCACUCGCUGAGGACAUCGAGAAGACCAUGAGCACGGCGCUGAACGAGCUGCGGGAGCUGGAGAGGCAGAACACGGCCAAGCAGGCCCCCGACGUGGUCCUGGACACGCUGGAGCCCAUGAAGAACCCCCCGCUGGGCGCCGCCAACUCGGAGCCCGCCAGCCCCCUCCACACCAUCCUGAUCCGGGACCCCGACGCCGCCAUGCGCCGCAGCAGCAGCUCCACCACCGAGAUGAUGACCACGUUCAAGCCGGCGCUGUCGGCGCGGCUGGCGGGGGCCCAGCUGCGGCCCCCGCCCAUGCGGCCGGUGCGGCCCGUGGUGCAGCACCGCUCCAGCAGCAGCAGCAGCUCGGGGGUGGGCAGCCCCGCCGUCACCCCCACCGAGAAGCUCUUCCCCAGCGGCGCGGCCGAUAAAUCGGGCACCAUGUAGCCGGGGCCGGGGAGAGCCAGCACCCGCACGGCGGCAGCGCGGCCGGCAGCUCGGCAAAGCCUGGCCCAGCAAAGCGGGGAAUCGGAGCUGCGCUCAAGAGGAGACUCUCCAGAAGGGGAACAAGUGCAUGGCCGAGGCCUGAUGGCUGUACAUACGUGUGCGUGUGUACAUACGUGUGUUCAUGUGCGUACGUGUGUGUGUACAUAGGUGUGUACGCACAGCCCAUCAUGCAGAAACACUCCCGCGCUCGCAGUGCUGCGGCAGGAGGCGGCAGCGGGUCUGCGUGCUGGCACCGGACAGUGCGUGCUCUCUGUAGAAGUAUCUGUUAAAAAAGUGUACAGAAUUCGGUGACUUUUUUAAAAAGUAGAUUUACCUCAGAAACUGACUCUGAAAUGUCCUCUCUAGAGAUGUUGGGUAGGUUUGGUUUUCCCAGGCUGUUUGUGUGCGUGCGUGUGCGCGGAGGUCCGGAGCAGCUGUGCGGUGAGCAAGAGGAGGCCAAUCCUGGAGUUUAUUUUCUGCACCUCUUGGCAUUAAAAAGAAGAAGGUGUGGGGGAGAUACAGUGGGUUGUGUUCGCUGCUGGCCGUGGAAGAAGAGCUGGAGGUUGAUAACCACCGGUGUGUCAGGCGGCUGGAGCGUCUCUUCAGCCCGAGCCCAGGAUGCUGUUGUGUGUGCGGUGACACCCCAGCUGGUGGCACCGGCGGGAGCGGGGACAGCACAGGAGGCGUGUGGCGCGGCUGCAGGAGGCCUGUGACAUCGCUGCUGUGCGCGGGCUCCACGGAACCCCCAUCUUCUUCAGGAUUUCAGAACGGACAAGGACUAGUGACAAGCCUGUGGGGAAGCAUCGAUAGGUACAGUUUUGAGACGCUUCGUUUCUCGUUCCUCACACACUUCUUUUGUUCUUUUUUUAAAAACCAACACCUGCUGGUAUCUCGGCAGAUGGGACCGAACAGGCGAGGAGGCUCCGGUACAGCGAGCUUCCUCCGUUUGGAGUUGCACAGCAGUACACGAGGGUCUUGAUUCAGAUUGCCUCUUCUUGCAUGAAAAGCAUGAGCCAUAUUUGACCAUAUCAGGGGCGGAACCACUCUGAUGGGGCGAUAUUUUGCACUUUCUGUACUGUACUAUAUAAUACAACAGUUUGAGUUUAUGCAAAAUAAUCUACAUUUUGUUUUUUCCUCUGAACAUUUAACCCAGAGAAAAAAAUAUGCAGAAAGCGCUGGGGAUUGCAUGGUACUUUGUCUGAUAUUGGAGUCUCUCCUGCCAGCGCUGAAUUCAAGACACUCUGUGCUUCUCCUGCAGCUUGUCCUCCUCGCGCAGGUGUCCGUGCAGUGGCCCGGGGUUUCGUUUGCUCACUUCCACACGGUUACGUCCAGCCGCCGUCAAACGGGCCGGCGUGGUCCCAGCUGCACAGCGAAGCUGCGCUGGCGGCCCCUCCGCGCUCGGGUCCCGCGCAGCGUGUCCGCGGGGGCACCGUGUCCCCCACCCGCAGCAUGUGUCCCCGCACCGCCCCGCUCUGUAAAUACCGCUGUACCCGCUUCCGUGCUGAAAUCACUGCUAACGUGUAAACUGUACAAAAUAGGCUAGGAUUAGGUGAAAGCCAAUGCCACUCACCAAAACUUUUCACUUAGUAGGUAGCUCAAUGUAAAAAUAAAACCCAGUAAUAAUAAUAAUUAAAAAGGAAUAAAAAAGUAAAGCUAACCUUUCAGUGUACAGUGGGGGAGAAGUACUGUAUGUGGUGAACCUGUCCUCGUUGCUCCGUGUGAUGCUGUGAGGGGAGAUGGUGUUGCUGUACGUGUUGUUGUUUGUAAUUCCCGCCGCUGGUUCAGAUUGCUGUUUGUGUUCCUCCACUGUCCCUCCCCCCCGCCCCGGCUGCCCCGCGCUCGCUGCCGUUGGGGCAGCAGAUGUGCAGCAGAUGUGCGGCAGAUGUUCCGCAUCUGCCGUGUGGGCGGGUGAGGAUCCAGCAAAUGCCCUGGGAGGGGAGGGGAGGGGAGGGGAGGACCCAUUUGGCACAAGAGCUGUGGAUUCCUUGCCAGUAACUUGUUUUUCUUGGUCCAUUUAGUUCCUGGAGAACGUUCACGUCGCCAGUCUGCUGGGUUGGGUUUGGUUUUAUAUACUCUCAAAGAUGACUUGAUAGCAAACCCACGUUUAUCAGGGUUUUCUUUUUCCUCCCUUCUCACGUUUGAAGAUACGGUACCAGUUCCAGUGUCUUUCUAUUAAAUUAUUGCCUUUUGGUUUCCUUUGUUUUGUUGUUGGUUUUUAAUACAAUUGUUUUCUUAUCUUUAAGUGCCUUUUUGAGCACCAGAACAAGCGCUUGGCGUCGUGUCCUAGGAGCACCGCGGUGCCCUGUGCGCGGUUGUGUUGUGCUGGGCGGGAUUGCUCUUGAAGUCCUUUUUAUUUUUCUUUUUUUUUAAAGAAAACCAAGACAUUUUGUUGAAGAAUGAACUACCCCUUUUUAAUACAGUAUUCAAACUGUAGUUUUAACUACUGUCAAUUCAAGGCCAGCGGUGUAUUUUUCUGUAAGCUGACUCGGCACAAAGCUGGACCCCGUCCAUGGCAGCAGCAUUGGAACUGGAACCCGCGCGUGUCUCCUGUGGCGCCUGUCCCCACCCUCGGUCCCUCUGGGCACAGGGACAGGUCGCGGCUUUCCCGGUGGCACCGUGAGCGCUUCCCUGGGGACUGGCACAGCCCAUCCUUGGGGACACAGUGCCCGUGGGGCUGUGUGUGCACAGAGCCGGUGUUUCUCUGCCGUGCAGAGCGAGGAGCGGUCCCUGUGCCCCCCGGACCCGACCCCGGUGCGGUGUCUGGAGGGCCAGCUGGGUGCCCCCUCCCUCCCGGGCUCAGCGUCACCUUGGGUGCUGCCGCCCCCUCUGUACAGACUCCCGCGCGGUCUGCAGGGUGUGUGGGUGCUGGGAUGGUGAGGGCCGUGCGCUUCUUCCGGAGGCUGGAGCACCUGGUAGGUCGUUUUUGUAAACCUGGGCUGUUACGUGGCAGCGCUGUGGUUUUCGCGGUGCGGCGGUAGCUGUCCUGACCGGGAUCUGCUGCCGGGGGGCCGGGCGGCACAGGGUUUGGGGACCCGGGAAGCCGUAGGAACCGCGCUGGCUGCCCCUGGGGACAGUUGUCCUCCUCCUGCGUGUUGUCUCUGUAACGUCUGCUGGGACGCUGUUCAGCCGGCGUGUCCGAGUGGGUCUGUCGUGUGCGCUGAUGGUGCUGUGUAGAUGAAGCCUCUGGUUGGGUGUGGACUCAUCCCGUUGAAUAAAACUGGUUAACUUUUCUCAAAAACA